AUGAGCAUACAACCUUGGGCCCGGCUGCCUGUCCUCCUGGCUGGCCUAGUGCUUUUAUUCCUAUCGAAUUCAGUAUUUGCACACACGAUUGAGAUCCCAGCGUCGCAAAAGGAGUGCUUCUUUGAAGAUUUGCAUACCCAUGACCAGAUGACCGUGACGUAUCAAGUGGGUGGUGGAGGACAUUUAGAUAUCGACUUUUGGCUCGCAGACCCGAUGAAUAAUGCGCUCGUCAAGCAAUAUAAGCAAUCUACAGGUACAGCAUCAAUCACGGCCAAGCGCGACGGGCGAUACGAGUAUUGUUUCUCCAAUGUCAUGAGCACCAUUGCCGACAAGAUUGUCAGCUUCAAUGUUCAUGGUGUGUUGUACGUCUCCGAAGACGAACACAUGGCUCCGGUCGAAAAGGAGAUUCGUGCGCUCGCUCAGGGUCUUCAAGCCGUCAAAGAUGAGCAAGAGUAUAUUGUCGUCCGCGAGCGUGUGCAUCGCAAUACCGCAGAGUCGACAAACGAGCGUGUAAUGUGGUGGUCCAUCUGCCAGUCUAUCCUUCUCUUCCUCGUUUGUGCGUGGCAGGUGUAUUAUCUCAAGUCGUUCUUCGAGGUCAAGAGAGUCAUCUAG